UCACACUUUCGCGUCUUCUUCUCUCCUUAUAUCAGCGACGCCAGCUCUGCAUCUCCCAUAGAGAUGGCGGCGGAAAUUCAUCACUUCAAGCUGAGCCGACGUGAUGCACUCCCAUUAGGGAUGUCACAGACCAGUACAGGCCCGGUUGGCAAGACCUCAAUCGAGGCGGCUUAUACUAAUGCGGCUGGAAAAGAGAACCGACACCGUGGAAUGGCUGGGUCCCGUUACCGGCUCAAAACGAUGGUUUCUCGAGAGUCCAGCGCAUGA